UCUAAUUUCAAACCAUCGUCAUCAUAUGUGGAAAUAAAAAAACCCUUCACAAAGCUCUUCUUGAAGUCAUUCCAUUUCAAACCCAGAAAGCAAAGAACAAGAUGAACCCGCUUCACUGGCACAAAGUCGCUGCGAUUUCUGGCGUUGCAGCUCUUGGAUUGGGCACGUACGGUGCCCAUGUCUUCAAACCCCAAAAUCCGGCUUAUAAAGAGGUUUGGCAAACGGCGUCUCUGUAUCAUUUGGUUCACACAGCGGCUCUGCUUGCUGCCCCUUCGACCAAGAACCCUAACAUUUUUGGAGGCCUUUUGACUGCUGGAAUUCUUGCAUUUUCGGGCACGUGCUAUACUGUGGCCCUUCUUGAAGAUAGAAAAUACUCUACCUUAGCUCCAUUUGGUGGCUUUGCUUUCAUUGGUGCAUGGGCUAGCUUGCUCUUCUAAAUUUACCCAGUUUCGAUAUCUUUUCGAUUACUUAGGGCUUCACGUAUACUUCUGCACAUAUUCUGUGAAGAAUUUCGAUGUUUUUCGAUAAAAGAUAUCCGAAUCUUGUAAGCUUACUCUUCUUCUUCCUCUUCCUCAGAUUGUAAUAACGUGAAAGAAUCCAAGUGCGGUAUAAAUGGAAUAGUUCAUUCAUGAAUUUAGAGGCAAUAAAAUGGUUCAGAAUAAAGAGUAGAUUCAUUAAAA